UUGCAUGAUAAAUGAAAAAUAAUUCAUCUUAAGAAUUUGAUGGUCAGUUCCAAUUGAACGAAUUCAUUACAUUCUCGUUUCACUUCCUCAAUAUCUAGAUAGAAGGUGCGCACAUCGCAAGUUCGUUCAAGUGAAUCUUGGCGCGAAUACUUGGACAUUCAAACAGAGACAAGAAACAAGUAAAGACGUAGUUGUGUACCUUCUCAGACCACACGAAUUGUACGAGGUUCGCUCACAGUCUAUUACAGUCCACUUCAUUCUUCUUUCGUUUUCUUCAACGUUUCACUUCGAGUCCAAAUUGGUCUGCCUACCGAAGAACGUCUUCACUUGAGUUUUUCUAAUGCUCGUGAAACCAUCAAUUAAAUUUUAACUAAAUAAAAAUUCAAUUUAUACAUUUAACAAUGAAGAACAAAUUCAUUUAUUGGUGUUUUUUGUGGUGUUUUUUACUGACUAUUUGUCAAACAAUUGUGGCUGAUGUUGAAGAAUCAAUUUAUUUGAAUAACAAUAGAACUGAUUCGAAUGAUCUUGCAAUUGAUCGUAGUAUCACAGAUUUAGUUGAUUAUAUAUUCAAUUUUAAUUCGCAAACUGAAGGAAGAACUUUUGGUAUUAAGAGAAUACAGUUUAUGAUGAUGCCAAUGAUAUUCAAAAUGGGAGUAAUGAUGACAUUGCUCAUCGUCCUAACAGUGAUUUCGUUGAAAGGAUUGACUAUUGGUGUCAUUUUAUUGAUAUUAAAAUUAAGCACAAUAUUCGCAAAGGUUUAUUCUGCGCUAAAUAAAUCUCAGAAUCAAAUUCCUUGGACUCCUCCAGUGCAACCAGUUAAUGUUCAUUUCCAUAAUGACGGGUAUCACCAUCAUCCGUUUAGUGGAUAUGAUGGUCCAAGUAGUAUGGAGAAUCAUGACCAUCAUUUCUAUCACAGAGGAUCACAAAGAAUCCAUUCGGAACCACCGUACUUCAUAUGAAUUAAAUAUAUUAAAAAUUUUUAAUUGAUACUAACAAAAGUACUACAACAAUGUGAUCAUUAUUGGGGCCAUAUUUCAAACAAAAUUUUACACUAGUUGAAAUUCAUUGUUGACUGCUGAAGAUGAUUAACAUGAAUUAUCUUCAACUUUAAAAGGGACCAAAGGAUUUUUUUGUAUUACUCUAAUUUUUAGAGAAUUUCAUAUACCU